AUGGCGCACAAGGAGAGCCAGUUCGAUGAUGCGAGCAUCUCGUGCCAGGCGGUGCCUGUCGUUGACUCGCUGUCCGAGGAUGAGCGAGAGAUCGAGCCCAAGCUACGGCGCAAGCUGGAUACUCGGAUCAUGCCCAUCGCUAUGCUGGUCUACCUUCUCAAUUAUAUUGAUCGUUCGAAUUAUACCGCGGCUCGUCUGCAGGGGCUGGAGCGCGACCUCAACCUCUCUACAUCGCAGUAUCAGGUCGGUCUCUCGGUGUUCUUUGUUGGGUAUGUUCUCGGCCCGAUACCGUCGAAUAUGCUCUUAAACUACCUGGGGCGUCCGUCGAGUUUCAUUGGGAUAUUUGGUGUUUCUUGGGGCCUGGUGACGCUCUUGACGUCGCAGGUGAAAGGCUAUGGAUCUCUUGCUGCUUGCAGGUUCAUUUUGGGAGUCGUUGAAGCACCGUUGUUCCCCGGGAUUAUCUUCUAUCUUUCGAAAUGGUAUACGCAGAGUGAAUUGAAUAUGCGCAUCAGCAUAUUCUACUCCGCUUCUUUAAUUUCAAAUGCCUUCGGGAGCCUCAUAGCUGCGGCUAUCCUGAGAGGGAUGGACGGUGACCGGGGACUCUCCGCCUGGCAGUGGCUAUACAUCAUUGAAGGAGCCAUUUCCAUAUUCGCCGGUCUCAUAGCCUGGUACCUGCUGCCAGACUUCCCCGAGAACUGGAGUGCAUUGUCCCCCGAGAUGAAACACGUCGCGAUGCGACGGAUGACACUGCAAGCCGCCGAAUCCGACGUCGAUGAGGGCAGCGCCCACUCCCAACUCCAUGGCUUGAAACUCGCUUUCACCGACCCGAAAGCCUACAUCUUCGUCGCCAUGUACACCUGCCUCUGCGGCGCCAUUGGCUCCACCAACUUCUUCCCAACGCUGACUACAUCCCUCGGCUACAACCACACCAUUUCCCUCCUCCUCGCGGCGCCCCCGUUCCUCUUCAUAACGAUCAUAAGCUACAUCCACAGCUUCUUCAGCGACAAGCUGCAGACCCGUUUCUGGUUCUUCCUCUACCCGGCCCCCAUCGCCAUCGCCGGCCUAGUCACCUUCAUGAGCGUCGACGCCUUCGGCCCAAAAUACUUCGCCGCCUUCCUCAUGCUGUUCUGCGCCUGCAUGAUGGGCACCGUCCUCAGCUGGGCUGCAAGCACCGUGCCCCGGCCCCCAGCAAAACGCGCCGUUAUCUUUGCCUUUAUGAACGGGGUCGGGAACACCGCGAGUAUCUGGACGCCCUUUACGUAUCGCGACGCAGACUGGCCGCGUUACCGCCUUGCGCUGGGGAUCUGCGUGGGGUUGCUGGUGGUGGCGACGUUGCUGGGGACUUUGAUGCGGCUCAUCCUGGCUCGCGAGAAUAAGAGGCUUGAGAGGGACGAGAGGGAGGCGGUCCAGGGCCUGCAGAAUGGGCUUUCGAAUGGAGUAAGGGGGUUUCGGUAUAUUUUGUAA